AUGGCGAUACCAAUUGUAGACAAAGAGCUAUUCAACGAGAGGGUGGAUGGAGAUGGUGUGGAGUACUAUGGCAGCAGCGAUGACGAGGACCCUAUGGAUGUGGUGUAUUGUAUGGAGUGUGGCAGUGGCGAUGAUGAGUCACACCUCCUCCUUUGUGAUGGCUGCGACAGGGGCUGCCACACCUACUGUGCUGGCUUGCCAGGCAUCCCAGAGGAAGCCUGGUUCUGCGAAGCCUGCGCAGCCAACGCUGCACCCGAGGAUACACUGCCAGUGCGUCGCAGCCAGAGGCAGCGCGCAUCUGCUCAGCCGUCACCUACGGCCACACGCAGAAGGAAUCACGACCCCGACUUGGACGGCGACGACCUGUCAGGCCCCAGCACUGACCGGCAAGCCAGGCGGCGGCGGCGCGUCGCCGCCGCCUCUGAGCCGGCUGCCAGCUCGCCAAUCGAUCUGACAAUGAAUGGAGGGCCGGUGGGCGGGCGAAGGGGACCGACAGAUGCCGGCAGUGUUGCAGACCUGCUGGACGUCCUGGAAGCGCGAGCCAACAAUCGAUCUGCAACUGAGCUGCCCAGCACCGCUCACAGGAACGUGGAGAACCUGCGGUGCAAUUGGGACGCACUGCGCCAAGGGGACAUGGACUUCGCACCCACCAGCGCCCCACAGCCGAGUGCAAGCGUGGAAGCCGAAGCACAGAGGGGCACAAGCUCUGCAGCUGAUGGUGAGGAGGCGGCAUGGCAGGCCCUGGAAGAGACACGCAAGGCGCAGAUGGCAGCCAAGGCAGCACAAGCCAGCAGUGACCACAGAUCUCGGCAGCAAGGGGAGUCAUUUACCUCUACUGCAGCGUGGGGAAGUGACAUUCGAGCAGAGCUUGCUCAAGCUCGUGAAGUGGGCAGGCUGCUUGGGCCCUCUGGCAGGCUGUCACAAGGCAACCGGAGGCCGUCCCUGCGCCCGCGGACCGGGCCGCUGCUGCUGUCAAGUCAGCGCAGCACGCCCGCAGCAGGACCCAGCCAGGCCGACAGGCGCUCACCCACCCGGGAGAAUGCGCUGCACAGCAGGCAGGGCAGGUGCAGCGCUGUCUCCCCCUCGCCUGCGCGAACUGCAGAGCGUCCCAGGCCGUCGUCGGGCUAUCGAGGCCGCGGCGCCUCGCCGCCGCGGCUGGGCCGGCACAGCAGCAACCACGGUGAUCGGCUGGCGUCCGUGCACAGGCACGGCUUGCAGUUCACGCGAUCCAGCAGCCCGACCUUGCAGCCGAGCAGCGUGUUGCGAGCGCAGCCGGCUGCGCCGCACACUUUUGCCGCCUGGAACCGCCAGCAGCCUUUUGCAGCUACCUCGGCGCAGCCGCCAGUCGGCAUCUCUGCAGCGGCGCAGCAGCAGCGCCGGCAUGCAGGAUCCCUGAGCAGCAGCCAGCCUCCCAUGCGCCCACCCCAGCCCCCGCUGUUGUCACCAGCUACCGCCGCACCGCCAAUCAGCCCACAUGUAGCCGUGUAUGGAGGAGCCAUGCAGCAGCAGCCUCCUCCCCACAGCGCAUCACCAUAUGGUCGCGGCCCUGCCACAGGGGCUCUGCGCCAUGAUCACCCACCUGGCUUAAGCACGCCUGCUGCAUCGGCACCAGCAGCCGCGACACCUGCUGCCAUCGACUUGCGCACGCCAGCAGCUGCUCAGUCACAGCCGGGGCCGAGCCAUACUCAGCAGCCUGCUAGGGGUAAGAGAAGAAGCGGCAGUGGCAGCGACGACAGCAGUGUCAGCGUGGCAGCUGUGGGCGUGCGCGGAGCCGACAGCCCGCCGAUGCACAAACGGCGCCGGGCCGACGCAGCGCCGCAUCUGCCCGCUGCCCAGAACUGGCAGGACGGGCGUGAUCACACCCCUCCAGGACAGCAGGCCCGAAAGGCCAGCACUGAGGCGGCUCAGGGUGGCAGGAGUGCCUCUCGUGAGAGUGACAGGCCCCAGGCGGCAGCGCAGGGCCUCAACAGCAAGCAGAAGGCGUUUCUGGAGGUCAAGGCGUUGCUCGGGCCGCUGCUGGAGGGGCAUCUUGUGGACAGGGAGCAGUACAAAGCUGCAGCAAAGGCUGCCACGCACAUGCUGUACCGGCGCGAAGGUGCAGCCGUGCGCGGCCCGCGGCAGGCGCUUGGGGAGGUUCUGUCUGAAAUGGACCUGCCUCGCGCUGCGAUGGCCGUCCUGCAGAGUGCAUGA